UGUCUGGAGCAAAGAGGUUGUGCUGCUCGGGCUCCGGCCUUUCAAGGGCCGAAAUGGGCGGAAAAAGUUCAUCAGAUACUGUAAAACAUAGUCAAAAACAUAAUCCGGAGUCUCUACUAGACAUAUGUGCAAAAAUGGUGGCGGAAAACGUCCCCUUUCAACGUGUGGAGGAACAAUGCGAUCGAAUUCCGGAACCUGUUCAAAGUCGAAUAAUUUACUGGUCCUUCCCAAGAAAUGAACGGGAUAUUUGCAUGUACUCUUCUUUCACCAACACGAAGGAUAAUGGGGAACAGGAGAAAAUACCUUUCCAGCAAGGGAUUAAACUGUUGGAAGCAAAUGCGGUGGAUAAUGUGCUGCAAAUAGGAUUUCAUCUCAGCGGAACAGUGGUGGAGCCCCCCAAUGCAAUAUUCUCAGAACCUGAAAAACAAUAUAAAGUUUCCAUCAGUUUUGACAGGUGCAAGAUCACAUCUGUAACUUGUGGUUGUGGAAAUAAAGAUAUAUUUUGGUGCCAACACGUCGUAGCUUUAUCAUUAUACAGAAUCCGUAAGGCAGCCCAGGUGAAACUACGCGUACCCAUCUCAGAAACUUUACUACAGAUGAGUAGAGAACAGCUACAGAAAUUUGUCCAGUAUUUAAUAUCUGAACACCAUACAGACGUGCUCCCCACUGCUCAAACACUUGCCGAUGAAAUAUUGUCUAGCCGGUCAGAAAUAAAUGAAAUAUCAGGUGCUCCUGACCCUACUGCAGGGGCCAGUGUUGAUGAGGACAGUAGCUGGCACCUUGAUGAGGAACAGGUCCAGGAACAAGUCAAAUCUUAUCUAACUCAGGGAGGAUACUACAACUCAUCAGAUCAGCUCAACUCCAUGUUUGCGAAGGUUAGGGAAAUGCUUAAGGCUAGGGAUUCAAAUGGUGCUAGAAUGUUAACAUUGAUAACAGAGCAAUUCCUUGCUGACCCUCGUCUCAUGAUGUGGAAGACGCAGGGUACACCAAUGACUGAAAAAUGUAGACAGUUAUGGGAUGAACUAGGAGCUCUUUGGGUUUGUGUGGUGCUGAAUCCCCAGUGUAGCAUGCUGGAGAAGGAAAGCUGGCAUAAAUCCCUAGAGGAAUGGUCAGAUCUAACUGCCUGCCCUUUGGAAGAUGCUGACAGUCGUAGCCCCCUAGACAACCCACAGAAUAACAUUCUUGCCAAUCAUCAGGAAGCAGGUCCCUCAACAGUGCCAAGACCCCGUACAAUAUUCCACCGAGCCCUUGAGGCUUGUGAACUUUCUUGGCAAGAUCCACACCUCCAGUUAAUACUUCUGGAGGAUUGCGUCUACCAUGAGGAGAUGAGUGACACUUCACAGUUUGAUUCUCAGGGGCUGCCUUUGUGGCAAGAGCAUAUUCCAACUGCUUGUGCUCGGGUAGAUGCUCUGAGGUCACAUGGGUAUAUGAAAGAGGCUCUGCGAUUGGCUGUUGUCAUAGUGAGAAGUCUGAAACACCAACAGAGGAAGGACCAACAGAAAUAUCAAAAAUAUGUUGGAAAGGGUUUAUCCCCAUCAGGAAAAGUAUUACGUCACCACACAAAGUCUAGUCAUAAACAAUACAGGUUGCCAUGUAAUUCAGAGGGUUGGGUGGGUCAUCCGCUGGACCCUAUUGGAUGCCUCUUUGAUACAUUGUCGGAGGCCUCAGCUAUAGCUGAUGACACAAUCUCAGUAGCAACAGCUGACUCCACGAGCACAAGGGCUCAGUAUGGCAGCAAUAGUAGUCUAAACAGUGUCCUCCCAAAGUACCGCCAUGUCACAAUCUUUGGCAGUCGCGAUAGGAAUGAAUCUUACCUCACCUUGGCCUUAGAAGUAGCUUUAAUAGGUCUGGGCCAACAACGGGUCAUGCCAACUGGUCUCUAUGCCCAGGAAAAGUCCAGUAAACAUGAAGACAAGCUGAUCUCUAAACUACAAGACAUUGAUCUUGAUACAACACUAGUCGCCGUUCUUAGGAAACAAACAGUAUUACUUUUGGAAGGAGGUCCCACAAGUGGUCUUGGACAUGGGAUCCAUCCAGAGACCAUACCCAUGCAUACAUUUGCCAAGUAUCUAUUCACCAGUCUACUCACCCACGACAGUGCCCUGGCAUAUAGAGUCGGGCUACGAGCAAUGAGGUUACCAGUAUUAGAAGACAUGGAAGAGUCAGAUGACCACAUGAACAAUGUGGGCUCUAUGGUGCUAAAUGGUUACCCACGAUGGUUCACGCUACCCCACAUAGAGGGGCAACAGUGUGAGCUUGCGUGUACCAUGCUGAGCGCUGCCAAAGAUGACAUGUGUCAACUCCGCACUGUGCUGCAGGCUGCUCAAAAAAAUAUUCACAGUUCAUCACAGCUAUUUAAACUUGCCCAGGAUGCAUUCAAGAUUGCGACUCCCCCUGAUUCACCCAGACACCUCUCCCUACUUAAUGCAGCAUUGGAACUCGGUCUACAGGUUAUGCGUAUGACACUUACUGCAUUGAAUUGGCGGAGGCGUGAAAUGGUGCGUUGGUUAGUGACGUGUGCAACAGAGGUGGGGGUUGAUGCCCUUCUAUCAAUCAUGAUGAACUGGGUGCAGUUGUUCACACCCAUUGAAGCAACAGGUACAGUUGCCACAACAAUUAUGUCCCCGGCAACUAUUAUCCAACUAAGUCUAGAUUUCCGUCGCCAGGAAGAAAUCGCCCGAUGUGCUCGAACUCUAGCAAUACAGUGUGCCCGCCAAGACCCACCCAACUGUGCAUUAUGUGCUCUGAAUUUAUGUGAAAAAGACCCAUUGGCUUUUGAAGCCGCUUAUCAGAUAGUGGUUGAUGCCUCUUCUCAUGUUAUGGCCUCGACUCAACUGUUUAACAUAGCCCGAUAUAUGGAACAUCGGGGCUACCCACAUCGAGCCUACAAACUUGCCAUUCUAGCCAUGAAGAAUCUUCAAUUAGCCUAUAACCAGGACACUCAUCCUGCUAUUAACGAUAUCCACUGGGCAUGUGCAUUAAGUCAUUCAUUAGGAAAAUCAGAACUUACAAAUAUCGUACCUCUAUUGGUUAAAAAUGUGCAAUGCGCCACUGUACUGUCUGACAUUUUACGUCGCUGUACUCUGACUGCUCCCGGCAUAGCUAGUGCCGAGAGCAAACGCCGCUCAAUGAAACUUUUAUCAUAUGACAAGCCCCCUCUACGCCAGCUGUUAGAAGCAGCUAUACACGCAUAUGUGAACACGACACAUUCCCGCCUAACACACAUUAGCCCUCGACACUACGCGGACUUUAUAGAGUUUCUCAGUAAGGCUCGGGAAACAUUUGUCUUAGCUCCAGAUGGAAUGAUGCAGUUUGCGCAACUCAUAGAAAACAUGAAGCUCAUAUACAAAGGCAAGAAAAAGCUUAUGUACCUUAUAAAGGAAAGAUUUGGACUAUAAAGGCUUAAUGGAGAGCUUAGUGGAGAUAAUCAAGUACAGUGAGAAAUCCAUCCAAGUGUGGCCAACCAAAGAAAGAAGUAGACUUUCAUAUUUAAUUAGAUUAUUUAUUAAAAAGAGGUGUUAAAAAAAUGCAAUAUCAAAUAUGAGAAGGCCAAUGAAAGGAGACAAUGAGAAAUCUGUAUGUGUAAUAACAAAGAUGCAAUUUCUUUGCCAAAAGUGUUCAAAAGAGUU